CUUCUCCUUAACGCAAUAACUUUCUCGCUCUUCAAACAAACAACUUACAAACAAAAGAAAGAAACUUUUCUCCGAAGAUGGAAGAUCCAAGAACACAGCUAGAGAGAAUGGGCCGAGAACUCAAGUGUCCAAUUUGCUUGAGUUUGCUGAAUUCUUCUGUUUCACUCACAUGCAAUCAUGUAUUCUGCAAUUCAUGCAUUAUGAAAUCGAUGAAGUCCGGUUCCAAUUGUCCUGUUUGUAAAGUGCCCUAUCGUCGUAGAGAGGUUCGUGCUGCUCCUCACAUGGAUAACUUGGUGGGCAUCUAUAAAAGCAUGGAAGUUGCUUCUGGUGUCAAUAUAUUUGUCACACAGAAUGAAACAUCGAUUAUGUCAUUAGAUAGAGAAAAGGGAGUUGAAGGCUCUCACACAUUUAGUGAGCUAGCUACAAGUAAGAAUUGUCAGGACACAGCAGAUUAUCAGGAAACAUCCAAAAGAAAAGGGUCAGGGAGAAAAAGUAAAACCAAUUUGGAUAUUUCUGACCCUGAUGCUGUGAAGCCGUCCUUUCCAAACAAGAAAAGGGUUCAGGUUGCCAAGUAUCCUCUUCCAGAAACCCCAGAACAGCUUGCAAAGUUCAAAGACGAAUUGGUUAAUAACAGCAGCAUUCAAUUGAAGGACAGCUCUGUUGAUUUGAGGGAAAAAUCUUUUUUAAAUGAAAAAGGACCAGUGCUUCAACCUUUCUUUUGGUUGAGAGAGGAAGUGGAUGAAGAGAAGUCAACUCAGCAGUCGGACAGGGAUGCAUAUAUAACACCACCAGAGAUUCCUUCUUUCAGUGAUAUAAUGGAUUCAUAUGAUAAAAGUUCUCCUCAAUUGUCCCCAACAGCAGAAACGCAUCAUAGAACUGGUGAUGUGGAUUACUUUGAUAGUGAGAUGUUUGAAUGGACUCAAAGGCCUUGCUCCCCUGAACUGCUUCCAAGUCCUAUUAAGACACAGGUGGCCGACAGUGAUGCUAGUGAUCAUUAUAAAGAGAAGAAUUUAGAAGCAGCUUCACAUGUUGAAAAUGAACAACACAUUGAGAACGUUAAAUUGAACUCUGGAAAAGGAAAUGGAAUUAGAGAUAAGGGUUUGCCCCAAUCCUCUCCUAGAAGCAUAGAUAUUAACCAUCAAAUUGGAAAUAGUAAAUUGGGUAAGAGAGGUAUGAAAGCACCUAAUGUAGCCAAGCGUGCAAAGAGAGAUAAAGUUCGAGGUUCCAAAAUUCAAUCAAAUUUAAGGGAGGAAUCUGUAAAUGUUGCACAGCAUGUAAAUGACUGUAAUGGCGGUUCCUCAGUUUUGAAGACUAGGAGUGAGAAGCUUGUCUUGGCUAAGCGUGCAACCGAGCCUGAAGAUCCAGAUGUUCUUGUUCCUGAUAGAGCUGAAAUUCCUGACCAGGGUGGGAAAAAAGGGUUGUCUGAGUUGCCUGCUUCAUUUGGUAAGAAGCAAGGCAGGGACGAGGAAUUUAAUUUGAAAAAGACUAGAACAACCAGCCGGAAGAUCAAUGGUCGGAACUGUUUGAGGUCAAAGCGGCAAAAUAAGGGUUCUGCUGAGGUCAAUGUGCUUGAAAAAGUUUCUGCAGUUCAAGACCAAACAAAUGAAGAUGCAGUUCCCAAAUCAUCAUUUAAAUCUGUUUGUCCAGUAGAUGAUAAAGAAACCUGCGCUCCUAAGGAAAAAACUAGCAGGAAAGCUCCCAAGAAAAGGAAGACAGUUUCUUUUAGUGGCAUGUUGAAAGGUGGGUCGAUUGAUGACAAUUUAGAGGUCCAUAGCAAUGAUUCUGCAAAGGGAAUUCCAUCAACAGAAACUGUUAAGGGCGAUCAUGACUUUAGAUUUCUUGAUGGUUCAUCAAGAGUGAAAAAGGUUCUUGACAAAAGAGGAAUGACAUUAUCUAAAUGUGAAACCCUUCCUAACAAAAUUCAAUGUUCUUUCUGUCAUUCUUCAGAAGACACAGAGGCUACAGGAGAGAUGAUCCACUACUACAAUGGUAGGCCUGUUGCUGCAGACUAUAAUAGUGGAUCCAAGGUCAUACAUUCCCACAGAAACUGCACAGAAUGGGCCCCUAAUGUUUAUUUUGAAGAUGACACUGCUAUUAAUCUUGAAGCUGAAAUAGCUAGAAGCCAGAGACUAAAAUGUUGCUGCUGUGAUCUCAAAGGUGCAGCACUUGGGUGUUAUGAGAAGAGUUGCCGUAAGAGUUUUCAUGUUCCUUGUGCGAAGCUUAUCUCACAAUGUCGAUGGGAUACUGACAACUUUGUAAUCUUAUGCCCUCUUCAUGCCUCUUCUAAGCUGCCUAAUGAGAAUUCUGGACCUCAAGAAAACAGAAAGAAGUGCAAUGCAACAAGACAAUUGCACCCUCGAUGCAAUCAAGUUGUUAUUGAAAAUGAUACUAAUAAAAGUUACGACUGGAACUCCUCACAAAAGAAGUUGGUCCUUUGUUGUUCAGCUCUUACAGAAGCAGAGAGGGGAAUUGUUUCUGAGUUUGAGAGAUUAUCAAAAGCGACAGUGUUGAAAACAUGGGAUUCAUGUGUCACCCAUCUCAUUGCAUCAACAGAUGAGAAUGGAGCAGGCAGAAGAACCCUAAAAUUUUUAAUGGGUAUCUUGGAGGGGAAAUGGAUACUGAAUAUUGAGUGGGUGAAGGCCUGCUUAAAAGCCAUGAAACCUGUUAAUGAGGAGAAAUAUGAAAUUGCUAUUGAUAUGCACGGAAUCAGGGCUGGUCCCCAAUUAGGAAGACAGAGAGUCAUGAACAAGCUACCAAAGCUUUUUGAUGGAAUAAAGUUUUAUUUCAUGGGAGGGUUUGAAUCUUCCUAUAAGAGAUAUUUGCAAGACCUUAUAGUUGUUGCCGGAGGAACUAUUCUACAUCGUAAACCUAUUUCAAGAGACCAAGAACUCUCGUCUGAUUCAUCUACAUCUGCCUCAACCUUCAUAAUUUACAGCCUUGAGCUGCUUGAUAAAUGUGAUCUCGCCAAGAAGACUAUGAUUUUGAACUGCAGGCAAUCAGAAGCAGAUGCACUAGCAAAUGCAACUGCAACUGGAGCUAAAGCAGCAAGCAACUCUUGGGUUUUGAAUUGCAUUGCAGCCUGCAAAUUUCAAAGUUAUGAACGCUAAAUUAAAAUACCCAUAGUUUUUAAUUUUAGUCGUGCUAGACUUUCUAAUCCAUAUUGUUGGUUUCUUUAUGGUCUUGUGUAUGUAAGUAUGUUAUUGCAAACAAAAUUAAGCUAUUUUUUGGUUGUAUAGUGAAUGUUAAAAGCUUGUUUUAAAAUCAUAUCUCUGAAACAUGUCAUGU